AUGGAAGAUAACGAGUUAUGUGCCGGGUGUCUCCGAGAUAAUGAAAAAGAGAUUGCUGUCAUGUGGUGUAACGAUUGUGAGGAACCCGUGUGUCGACCUUGUGGUAAAGUUCAUAGGAGAUUUGCUGUACCUCAUGACGUCAUUGAAAUUAAAGAUAUAUCCAACGUUAGCAAAACCAUGUCCAAAAUAUGUAAAGAACAUGCCGGACAGAAGUUGCUCCUUUUUUGUGUUAAUCAUGAUAAAAUAUUGUGUCCUGCUUGUUUAUCUGAAUCACAAAAGGAGUGUGAUAUAAACCAUAUAGAGAAAGCUGCCAAUGGAAUCAAGGAUAGCUCAGCAAUAUAUGAUCUCAAAGAACGAAUACAGAACCAGAAAGAUGUUAUAGAAUUAGUGAAAGGGGAAUAUAUUGAGCUGUCCAGCAAGAUAGGUCAGGAUAACAAACAGCAACAUAAACGACUUAUACAACUACGUUCAACCAUUGACGACCAUUUGAAUCGACUAGAGAAAAAUAUAGAUACUCAUUAUAACCUAGGCGUUGAAAAAAUAGCAAGCAACACAGAACAAUUGGCGUCUCUAGCAAAAACAACGGAAGCCAACCUGCAAGAUAUCGAAAAGGCAGAAAUAGAAGAGAGCGAAGUCAACUUAUUCCAUCUCGUGAAACAUCUCGAUACCAGUCUAUUGUCAAAUGAGGAAAAUCUUCAGUGUUUGGAGAAUGAAAUCAGUUGUGUGUCAGUUCAGUUUAUUCCUGAAAAUUUUACCGAGAAUAUUGAAACAAUGUUUAGUAACUUUGGUCAAGCCACUGAUAUGUUAUUGUCAAAAAGUCAGCAAUUUGGGGUUAAUUUCCAGCAGUCACAGCUUCGUGUAACUCCAGAGGAAGAGCAAUAUCUUAAUCAAACACGAACGUUUUACCCGGACAAAAUGUCUAAAUUUUACGCCUGCUGCUUUAUCGAAGAUAAAAAAAUUGUUGUUAUCGAAGAGCAAUUAGAGCAAUCUUCGAAAAUACACCCAUACAUGUACUUGCGAGUGAUUAAUCUUAAGGAUGGCAAGACUCGCGCUUUCGAACUUAAAAACAAUGAUUCCUUAAGUAAAGAUACUAUUUGCACGUUCGACCGGAACACCGUUUUGCUGAUUGAACGAACGUCUAUUUGUGUUGUUGACCUUGAAUUAGAGAAUGUUUAUCGUACAAUAGAAAUACAAGGCCGGAUAUUAAGUUGUACAAGGAUAACUUGCAUCGAAAGCAAGAUUUUAGUGUUAUAUAAUUCGAAAAGGCUUUCAUGGAUAAACUAUAAUGGGAAAAGUUCGAAGGAGGUCACAUUUGAAGAUGAUGUUUAUGAUCUAGAUAUAAAUGAUGAAAAAAUAUACUGCACGUUCAAGAACUUACACGAAAUCAAAUACACAACUUUCACGCAUAAUACUCAAACAUGCUACACUAGCUUAGACAUGCGAAAAAGCUGUAGAAUUGCAGCUGGAGAUAAUGUGAUAUUCCUCAUGGAGAAGGAACGAAACACCAUCUUUACAAUAGAUCUCACGACCAAACAACGGUCUACGUUCCAUAAGGAUGAGAUCACUAACCCAACACAUAUCAAUUUCAAUGAUAAGACUAAAGAACUAGCAGUGACAUUUGAUGAAGGGAACAGUUUGAAAAUAUUUAGUGUAUAG